UUCGUUAAAAGCAAGGUGGAAACUUCUAAACAAUAAUAAUACCGCAGAAUCUAAUCUUCACGCAAAUUACUUCUAGGUAUUACGGUCCAGAUGUGUUUGCCAGCACAUCAAACCAUUUGAUAGCAAUUUGCACAUCUGUACAACGUUCCGUUUGCAGCCAAAGUAAUAACAGUAAAACAGUCGCUGUAGGGCACGGUCCGAUCCGCUACCGUGAGCAAGUAAAUUUCGUUUCGGCAAACGUUUUUGUUUUGUUUCUGCUAUUUCUGCACUGGCCGGUCGAGUAACGCGUAACUAGCGGGCAGCAAAGAAAGGCCGCACUGAUAGUGGAUAGCGGCUAGCGUACACAAAACACACCGUGCGAGCGAGAGAAAGUUGGUUGUGGAAAGCUGCUUGCUUUUAGAGCCGCUGCUAGUUUUUGGGAAAGUCUUGGCCAACGAAGUGCAGUGCGUGGAGCGAGUCGUGGAAGGAAAACGCUGCGUGAAAAACUUUGCACCGCUAGCCUGGGACACGGGGAACGAUGGCCGACGAUUACUAUGGGCAGAACAAUUCGAACAGCGAUGACUCAGAGGUAGAACUGAAUCUGCGGAGCCUGGAGCUGCAGGGUUAUUUGAGCAAGUGGACGAACUACAUACACGGCUGGCAGCCGCGCUUCAUCGUGCUGAAGGAUGGGACGCUGUCGUACUACAAAAGCGAACAGGACAGUGAUUUCGGAUGCCGGGGUGCGAUCAGUUUGCAGAAGGCAACGAUAAAGUCUCACGAAUUCGACGAAUGCCGGUUUGAUGUGGCGAUCGGCCAGAACGUGUGGUAUCUGCGGGCCGAAACGCCCGAAGACAAGGGCAACUGGAUCGAGGUACUGCAGUCGUACAAAACGGACAUCCCGGAAACGGUUAGCUUACGGCGCCACGGUAGCACAAUUUCGCUGCAAUCGAACACUCUGUCCACGGCCAGCGGUAGCAGCCUGAAGCGCGUCAGUCGCGGACUGCGCGAGAAGCUGCACGAAAUCGAAACGUUUCGCGAUAUCCUUUACGGGCAGAUCGACACACUGCAGCGCUACUUCGACGCUCUUCACGCCAAAAACGAAGAUCAACCGCCGCUCGAUCUGGGCGAUGGGCUGAAGCCGAUAGAUUUCCGUGGCGAAGCGAUAACGUUCCGGGAGACGACCGCCGGCGUGAUCAUUACGCUGCAGCACUGCCACGAUAUUAUUUCGCAGAAGGAGGAAAGCUUCAAGAAGCGGCUCGACAAGGAACAGGAACGGCGGAGAAAGGCGGAAGAACUGUACAGAGCUUGUAAAGAUGAGCUGUCGAAGAAUAGAAAUUCUGUUAUUCCUGGGCCAGAUUUAGAGGAAGGACCACAUUCAACUAUACCGGAGGAUGAGUUCUUCGACGCGGUCGAAACGGGACUGGACAAGAUCGAGGAGGAUCGUCAACUGCGCGUCCGGCUGAAGUACCAAUCGCAACAGUCCCAGAUAAGCACCGUUAGUUCGCUGCACAGUCCGAACGCCGAAACGGAGGACGAGAUACCGCAGCUGUCGGAAGACUUCGGCACCGGUGCACAGGCGAAGAGCCACAAACUUUGGCCAGAAAUCGAUCGUAUCUGUACGGAGCAGCUAACGCAGGCGCGGCAAGGCGUGGGCGAGGAUGGAAACGGGUGGCAACUGUUUGCGGACGAGGGUGAAAUGAAGAUGUACCGGCGGGAGGAGGAGGUGGACGGCAUGGUGAUCGAUCCGCUCAAAUCGUGCCACGUCGUAAAGGGUGUGACUGCUCGCGAAAUGUGCCAUUACUUCUUCGAUCCGGCGUACCGAAACGAUUGGGAAACGACGCUGGAGGAUGUGCAGAUCGUAGAUAACGUUGCACCGGACACGCUCGUCUUUCUGCAGACGUACAAGCGGAUCUGGCCCGCCAGCCAGCGGGAUGCACUGUUCUGGUCGCAUAUGCGCCGCAUCACCGAUAACGUCGAUGCCGGUGCGAAUGAUGUGUGGAUCGUGUGCAAUCAUUCCAAUCAGAACGAAGAGUAUCCGCCCGCCAACCAAGGCAAAUGUGUACGAAUCUAUCUAACGGUGAUAUUAGUUUGCCAGACCUACCUGCCACCGGGCAAGGACAGCAAAACGGCAACGCGUGACGAUCUGACCUGCAAAAUUACCUACUGCUCCACCGUAAAUCCUGGCGGCUGGGCCCCAGCAACCGUGCUGCGCGCUAUCUAUAAGAAAGAGUAUCCAAAGUUCCUUAAGCGUUUCACCGGUUACGUUGUUGAUCAAUGUAAAGCAAAACCGAUCAUGUAUUAGAAUCUUCGCCCAGGCUAGGAUAGGUGUGGGUUUUCGGUUGGUUUAUUUUGUUUACUAUUAUUAUAAUUUUUUUUCUUAGCACGUAAGAAAAUCUAGAUGUUGUUAUAUAUGUAUAUGUAUACUUACAUACAGAAACAAAAAAAAAAAGAGGGAGAAGAAAAACCACACACGCAUGCAUUAACUGUUCGUUUCUUUCCUUUGUGCUCGUGUGCUGCGUUUUUUUUUUUCUGCGGGUAAAAACCGGUACAGCUUUACGAGAAAUUAAGCGAGUGGAGGUUAGAUAGAGACACUAAGCAGCCGAGGAAGGAAAGUGUGUAAAUGUUGUACCGAAUUCAUUUCGGAUGUGUUGUUUGUUUGCUGUGCUGUAGGUUAGCCCGAGCGAGUAGUGCGAACGGUGCAGUUUCCCUUAUUGAUUGGAAGAGGUUCACUUCCGGUUGCAUCUGUCGAACAUAUCUUGGAACGUGUUUUAGGAGGGUUUUGCUAGGCGUUAGGAGGUUUUGUAAAAUAGAGAUUGAUGAUGCGUAUGCCACCAAGGGCUGUAAAGAGCGAAGGAGAGAAGAAUAUAUUUGAAGUGUGAAACGUGAAAGAAGAGUGUUCACACGUGCCUGUGUAGACACUUGUUUUGCAAACUAUAUAGCGUAACGAUUCUCACACCCGAGUUUUCGGUUUUAUUGUGACUGCUCCUCGUUUGCAGCAGAGACAGAUAGGACAAACAAAAUAUUGAAGAAAAAACCUACUAAACUAAUAUCGAAAAGUACCGUCUCUGCGGUGUUUUGAAGCAGCGUGAAACAUUUCAACUGAACGAAAGAGCGCGGUUGAAAUAUUUCACAUCGUUUCAACGCAUCGCUAUUUUGAAUAGCAGCACGUGGCGACGUUCAGCACGGAACAGUGGCCCUCCCGUUGCGCGGCCGAUCAGUCCCUUCCAGUGAACUAUACGGGUGUGUUAGUAGAACCUUUCUUUUUUUUACAGAUGAGCUGUAGCGAAAGGACAUAUUUUGGAAGAUCUGGUUCAGCGGAAGAGAGUGUACGUUAUUAGUGUUUUUUGUUUACGUUUAAGCUAAUCUCGGUGCCGCCUUGACUUCUUCUUUGCGCGAUACACUCUCUUUCCUUUCUCUUCCGUGUAGCGAUGAAGCAUCAACCUGUGAGCAUUGUUAGAUAAUGUGAAAUGGAAAACAAAUAUAUAUUGCAGAAAAACAAAACAACUAAA